GAACGUUUAUUAUAGUGAACAUUCUCGUCAGACUCGUAAAGUGUUUUAGUUAAACUGCACACUUUGCUUGCGAAGGUACAGUCUCGCUAUCGUUAUACGUUAUCGAAAUAAUUUUUGCCAAUCACGUCGGGUUAGUAAACUUUAUCCAUUAAGAUAACCACCACAACUGAAACCGUCGAUUAAAGAGAAUUAUGUCGUCGAAAAUUAUUUUGUAUUAUUUAUCGUUAAGUCCACCGGUAAGAUCGGUGUUACUAACUGCCAAGGCACUGGGAAUCGAUUUGGAUCUGAGGAAUGUGAACUUAUUGGAAGGAGACCACUUAAAGCCGGAAUUUAUCAAACUGAACCCACAACAUACCGUCCCGACCAUUGACGACAACGGCGUCAUCAUCUACGACAGUCAUGUCAUUUGCGGAUAUCUUGUUGACAAAUAUGCUAAGGAUGACUCGCUCUAUCCGAAAGAUAUUGUUCAACGUGCCCAGGUGAACGCCCGUCUGCAUUUCGAUACGGGAUUCCUAUUUGCUCGGCUACGGUUCAUGUUCGAGCCGAUAUUUUUCUUCGGUGAAAGUGAGUUGCCAACAUGGAAAGUCGAGUACAUGCAAAAAUGCUGGGAUCUGAUGGAAGCAUUUCUGGCAAAUGGGAUUUAUGUCUGCGGCGAUUCGAUAACAAUUGCCGAUCAUUGCUGCAUUUCAUCCAUUUCGUCGGUGGACAGAGUUGCUCCGAUCGAUGCGGACAAGUAUCCGAAACUGUCAGCUUGGAAGAAGUUAAUGGAAGCGUUGCCAUAUUAUCAGGUGAACGCUGAAGGUGCUGCCGAUGUACAGAAAUUCCUUUUUGAUACGUUGGAAAAGAGAAAGACUGAAAGGGUGGCAGCACCAGUAGCCGGACACUUAUUGUUCUUUCAUUCAUAAAAUUGUAUCAAUCAAAGAACAGUAACUGUCUCACUACUGAUAUAUGUCGAGACCCUACGUACACACUGCAUUCCUGGAAAUA